GUAAGCCCUUUCAGAAACAGCAGGGUUUGUUUGGGUUUGCUUUUUUUUUUUUUUUUUCUUUGGGUGCCAUCUCAUAUCCUUCAGAAAAGAGCCGACAGGCAAGAUGGAGUUUUUAACAGGAAACCCUUUUUGUACACCUGUAGGCCUGCGGAUAGAACAUGCUACAAGUUUGCAGACAGAAGACUGGGGCAUCAAUAUGGAGAUCUGCGACAUCAUCUGUGAGACAGAAGAUGGUCCUAAAGAUGCGGUCAGAGCAAUCAAAAAGAGGAUUGUGGGAAAUAAAAAUUUUAAAGAGGUCAUGCUGGCAUUAACAGUUCUGGAGGCCUGUGUGAAAAACUGUGGCUACAGGUUCCAUGUCCUAGUGUCUUCCAGAGACUUUGUAGAAGGGGUUUUGGUCCGAACUAUUUUACCCAGAAAUGAUCCUCCUUUGGUCGUUUAUGAAAGAAUAUUGACUAUAAUACAGGCCUGGGCUGAUGCGUUCCGCAGUUCUCCAGAUUUAACUGGUGUGGUUUGUGUAUAUGAGGAUCUCAGGAGGAAAGGAAUAAAGUUUCCUGUGCCUGAUAUGUGUAGCCCAAUACACACCCCUAACAAGCGUUUUUUUUCUGGAUCUGAAAGUGAGGCUCAUGUCUCACCCACACACCAUGCUCAUAUUCAAGAGCAGACGCCCCCCUGGCAAAACACAGAGGGUCCAAUCACUUUGUCACCUGACCAGGUGAAAAGGUUAACAUCUGACCUGGAAAACGUUCACAGUAACCUUAAGGUGAUGUCAGAAAUAAUGAGUCAGAUGGAUUCUGGGAGCAGUCAACGGUCAAAUACAUCACUCCUGAAGCAGUUGUACGGCACGUGUAAGGAGAUGCAGGACCGAGUAGUUCAUCUCAUUCCCAAAGUAACUGAUGAGAAGCUGGUAGAUCAGCUCCUGGUUGUUAAUGAUGACAUUAACACAACCUUUACACGAUAUCACAGUUUUGAGAAACGUCUCAAAAGGCAGAGUGCCGAACAGCCGAGCGACAAUCUUAUUGACCUAAAAACUCCCUGUAAACCACAAAGCCAGUCCCAGCUGGAAACUCCUGUUGCGUGUGAGCCAAUCAGUCAGACUGUCAGCAGUUUGUCAAGUCACAUGUCUCGUCUGAGUACAAAGGAGAAGGACGAAAUUCAGAGCAAGACCUCUUCAAAAAAUCUUCAAGAUGGGAACAGUCAGGAAAGAUCUGUAUUAGAUGAACUUGUAGCAGGAAGCAGCGACAUGCACAAUGCUGGAGGGGAUGACUGCCCACAAGUCCAAGUCCUCGGCUCCUCUCCUCAGUUUAAUUGGAUGUUGGAAAAGGGAAUGAUUCCCGUCAAUCAAAGUGAAGUGAUGGAAAAUAUUGAGCAAUGGCUUGAUGUAGAUGAGGAUGAUGAUUUGGCAGAUGAGGGUGUCACUAGUGAAGAGUUUGAUAGGUUUUUGGCAGGCAGAGCAAAAGCAGCUGAGCGUCUUCCCUCUGUGAAACAUCCGUCCGAUGACCACACACCCUCACAGCCUUAGUUCUUUACUGGAGUGUGAUCAUCUACAACAAAUAUCCAUCAGCAAGGAUCUGUAGCUUAAAGUGAUUUGGCUGUAAUGCCUCAUGUACGGGGAUUUAUAUUUUAUUUAUAUGGUGCUGUAUCAUUUGUCCUUCUUGCACAUUUUUAAACAAUGGGUCGGUCUUUGUUACAAUCCAGAUUUUUUUUUUUUCCCCUCCACAGUGGUAUUAUGUAGUACUGUAUAUAAGAUGCAUUUUAAGUGCUCUACUGUGGUUUUAGGUUUGUGACAUUGAUUUAAUGUCAUACUCGGUUUCAUUUAGUUAUUAGAUAUUACACAAAGAAUGGCAUUAUGGCUAUUCUUGAUUUGGGUAUUAAAGAUGCCCAUAGGCUUUGUGGUUCUUUUACUGACGGAACAAAACUUAUUUUUAAAUGUAUUCAAGGCAGGACAAGCAUAAAUAGCAUCAGUGCCUUAGGGCUCUGCAGUCCCCAGUUUAAUCCUAAGCUUGAGCUACUGUUUAGUGGGUUACCACCUGGUUCUUAGAUUUUCUCAAAACAUGUUGGAUAGACUUCGUUAAAUUGCCUCUAGGCGUAAAUGUAUGUUCAUUCAGGGUGUAUUUGCGCCUUGUGUCCAGUGUUCCUAGGAUAGGCUUCAGACAAAGCCACACUAAAGGCAGUUUUUUACAGAUUUAAAAAAGAUAGAAUAGAAUCUGAUAGGACAAGAUUUUACGCCAGAUGCUCUGCAUGACGUAAUCCUCCCCAAUUUAUCUGGGCUUGGGAUCAGCCCUAAUGGUGGACAGAGACGUGCAUCCGCUCAGUAGCUGGAGUUGAUUCCCUGACUGCGAAUCAAACCCGGUGGGAGUGGAUGUAUCACUGAAUGGACGAAUGGAAAGGUCUGUUAUAUUGUUAACUAUACUGUCAUUGUCAUGUGCAUGUUAUGCUUUAAAGCACAUCCAGGUGCUGUGUAGGUGGUUCCAUAUCUGCGAAGGAGUGUUGCAUAAAAGACUACAUGCAAUCUGUGUUAUAUUAUCUCACUACAACAAAAGGGCACAAAUACUCAAGAUCAAACUGCUUAAUUUUUAAUGUUUGCGUGGUUUCUUUUUUUUUACAUAUAUGAAUCUAUCUGUUAAUUUGUUUAUCAUCUAUUUACUGACCAUGCACAAAAGUAGCAUAACAGAUCUUAUUACAACUUGGCUACACUCAGAGAAAGCAUCCCCUAGUCAUCUACUAUCUAUUUACUACAAUGAUAAAUUAUUGACCCUUUCAUCAAAUAUUUACUUUCCUAUUUAUAUAACUCGCUGCAUAUGAGUUUAUUGUGAUGAACAAUCCUAGUAUAUAAGUCAAACCGGGACUUUUAAUUGUGCAGACUAAUGGUUCACAGUUAUAAGAGUAAAACUACCUUUAUUUCUCCUGCUACAGUAAUGCACUUAUCUCAGUGUUUCAGUAGGGCUCGGAUACCAAGAUACCAAGUUUUCUCAGAACACCAGAGCCAUGAACACUGGCCCCCCGGAUUCUUUAUAUUAAUUGAAAAGCAUUUGUUCAUGGUUCCAUUAUUGUUAGUUUCUUUUCAAAAAUAAUAAUUAUGUCCAGAUUCUUUCCAUUAAAAAUUUUAUGAUUAUGAUAUUGUGAAAUGUGGAACAUUUAUAGAAUAUUAAUAUGCAGUGUACAGUAUAUUAUGUAAGAAUUUGUGGUUGUGGGCUGAAAAAAAGGAAGAGUGGGAUGCCAGUGGUUUGUGUCACAGUACUUUUAGAUGAAAACUCGUGCCGUUUUUUUUGUUUUUUUUAACGAACGGUGUGUUUUUGUCACUCAGUACUUAAUAUUACAUAACCUAAAUAUAAUAAACAGACUUUA